GCUCUCCACCCCCAUCCCCCCAGCAGAGUGGAGGAGUUGAUGUGUCUCAUUAUAACAGCCAAUGCAGCCGCCAUCCACGCACAAGCAAAGAAGCAUGUCCCAUUUAAAUACACCCACGCAGCCCCAGCGCCCUUAGCCGAUCCGGGCGCGCAGCCCACACGCACCUCGGCUCUGGGCUUGGAGAUCCGCUCAGGUUGGGCUCGCGGACCCCGCGGACCGACGCGCGGAGGAUCAGGAUCCGGUGCUGUGGGGCCGGGGUGGGCGGGGGAGGCUGGGCCCGGGGCCUCUGGCGCGACACCCGCAUGAGGACGCGAGUGAAGUAGACCAAGGUGGAAUUUCCCAGGGAGAAGCUUUGGGGUGAUUUUGGUCCAUUUCUCCGGCGAAGAAGUAGACAUGGCGAGCGACUCCCCGGCUCGCAGCCUGGAUGAAAUCGAUCUCUCGGCUCUGAGGGACCCUGCAGGGAUCUUUGAGUUGGUGGAACUUGUUGGAAAUGGAACAUAUGGACAAGUUUAUAAGGGUCGUCAUGUCAAAACGGGUCAGCUUGCAGCCAUUAAGGUUAUGGAUGUCACAGGGGAUGAAGAGGAAGAAAUCAAACAAGAAAUUAACAUGUUGAAGAAAUAUUCUCAUCACCGGAAUAUUGCUACAUACUAUGGUGCUUUUAUCAAAAAGAACCCACCAGGCAUGGAUGACCAACUUUGGUUGGUGAUGGAGUUUUGUGGCGCUGGCUCUGUCACUGAUCUGAUCAAGAACACGAAAGGUAACACAUUGAAGGAGGAGUGGAUUGCAUACAUCUGCAGGGAGAUCUUACGUGGGCUGAGUCACCUACACCAGCAUAAAGUGAUUCAUCGAGAUAUAAAAGGGCAAAAUGUCUUGCUGACUGAAAAUGCAGAAGUGAAGCUGGUGGACUUUGGCGUCAGUGCCCAGCUUGAUCGAACAGUGGGCAGGAGGAACACCUUCAUUGGGACUCCCUACUGGAUGGCACCAGAGGUUAUUGCUUGUGACGAAAACCCAGAUGCCACAUAUGAUUUCAAGAGUGACCUGUGGUCUUUGGGAAUCACCGCCAUUGAGAUGGCAGAAGGCGCUCCCCCUCUCUGUGACAUGCACCCCAUGAGAGCCCUCUUCCUCAUCCCCCGGAACCCUGCGCCUCGGCUGAAGUCUAAGAAGUGGUCAAAAAAAUUCCAGUCAUUUAUUGAGAGCUGCUUAGUAAAGAAUCACAGCCAGCGACCAGCAACAGAGCAGCUGAUGAAGCAUCCAUUUAUACGAGACCAGCCUAAUGAACGGCAGGUCCGCAUUCAACUCAAGGACCAUAUCGACAGAACAAAGAAGAAGCGAGGAGAGAAAGAUGAGACGGAGUAUGAGUACAGCGGCAGUGAGGAAGAAGAGGAGGAGAAUGACUCAGGGGAGCCCAGCUCCAUCCUGAACCUGCCAGGGGAGUCAACGCUGCGGCGAGACUUCCUGAGACUGCAGCUGGCCAACAAGGAGCGUUCGGAGGCCCUGCGACGCCAGCAGCUGGAGCAGCAGCAGCGGGAGAACGAGGAGCACAAGCGGCAGCUGCUGGCCGAGCGCCAGAAGCGCAUUGAGGAGCAGAAGGAGCAGCGACGGCGGCUGGAGGAGCAACAAAGGCGAGAGAAGGAGAUGCGCAAGCAGCAGGAGAGAGAGCAGCGCCGCCACUAUGAGGAGCAGAUGCGCCGGGAGGAGGAGAGGAGGCGCGCCGAGCACGAGCAGGAGUACAUCAGGCGACAGUUAGAGGAGGAGCAGAGACAGUUAGAGAUCUUGCAGCAGCAGCUACUGCAUGAACAAGCUCUACUUCUGGAGUAUAAGCGCAAACAAUUGGAAGAACAGAGACAAGCAGAAAGGCUACAGAGGCAGCUAAAGCAGGAGAGAGACUACUUGGUUUCCCUUCAGCAUCAGCGGCAGGAGCAGAGGCCAGUGGAGAAGAAGCCACUGUAUCAUUACAAAGAAGGGAUGAGUCCUGGUGAGAAACCAGCAUGGGCCAAGGAGGUAGAAGAACGGUCUAGGCUCAACCGGCAGAGUUCGCCUGCCAUGCCUCACAAGGUUGCCAACAGGAUAUCUGACCCCAAUCUGCCUCCAAGGUCGGAGUCCUUCAGUAUCAGUGGGGUUCAGCCUGCUCGGACACCCCCGAUGCUCAGACCAGUUGAUACCCAGAUCCCACAUCUGGUAGCUGUAAAAUCCCAGGGACCUGCUUUGACCGCCUCCCAGUCAGUGCACGAGCAGCCCACGAAGGGCCUGUCUGGGUUUCAGGAGGCUCUGAACGUGACCUCUCACCGCGUGGAGAUGCCACGCCAGAACUCAGAUCCCACCUCUGAAAACCCUCCUCUCCCCACUCGAAUUGAGAAGUUUGACCGAAGCUCUUGGUUACGACAGGAAGAAGACAUUCCACCAAAGGUGCCUCAAAGAACAACUUCUAUAUCCCCGGCGUUAGCCAGAAAGAAUUCCCCUGGAAAUGGUAGUGCCCUGGGACCCAGACUAGGAUCGCAGCCCAUCAGAGCAAGCAACCCUGACCUCCGGAGGACAGAGCCCAUCUUGGAGAGCCCCUUGCAGAGGACCAGCAGUGGCAGUUCCUCCAGCUCCAGCACCCCUAGCUCCCAGCCCAGCUCCCAGGGAGGCUCUCAGCCUGGAUCGCAAGCAGGGUCCAGUGAGCGGACCCGAGUUCGAGCCAACAGUAAGUCGGAAGGAUCACCUGUGCCCCCCCACGAGCCUUCCAAGGUGAAGCCAGAAGAAUCCAGGGACAUUACCCGACCUAGUCGACCCGCUAGCUAUAAGAAAGCUAUAGAUGAGGACCUGACGGCAUUAGCCAAAGAAUUAAGAGAACUCCGGAUUGAAGAGACCAACCGCCCGCUGAAGAAGGUGACUGACUACUCCUCCUCCAGUGAGGAAUCAGAAAGCAGCGACGAAGAGGAGGAAGAUGGAGAGAGUGAGACUCACGACGGGACGGUGGCUGUCAGCGACAUACCCAGACUGAUACCCACAGGAGCCCCGGGGAGCACAGAGCAGUACAGUGUAGGAAUGGUCGGCACACGCGGGCUGGAGCCCACUCACGUGGACACUUUCAGCAGCAGUAUUUCAAGAGAAGGAACCUUGAUGAUAAGAGAGACAUCUGGAGAGAAGAAGCGAUCUGGCCACAGUGACAGCAAUGGCUUUGCCGGCCACAUCAAUCUCCCGGACCUGGUACAGCAGAGCCACUCCCCAGCUGGGACCCCAACCGAGGGCCUAGGGCGCGUCUCCACCCAUCCCCAGGAGGUGGACUCCGGGACUGAAUAUGGCAUGGGGAGCAGCACUAAAGCCUCCUUCACCCCCUUUGUGGACCCCAGAGUAUACCAGACAUCUCCCACUGAUGAAGAUGAAGAGGAUGAAGAAUCGUCAGCUGCGGCUCUAUUCACUAGCGAACUUCUUAGGCAAGAACAGGCCAAACUCAAUGAAGCAAGAAAGAUUUCAGUGGUAAAUGUAAACCCAACCAACAUUCGGCCUCAUAGUGACACACCAGAAAUCAGAAAAUACAAGAAACGAUUCAACUCAGAAAUACUUUGUGCGGCUCUGUGGGGUGUGAACCUCCUGGUGGGAACUGAAAAUGGCCUGAUGCUCUUGGACCGAAGUGGGCAAGGCAAAGUCUAUAAUCUGAUCAACCGGAGGCGAUUUCAGCAGAUGGACGUGCUAGAAGGUCUGAAUGUCCUUGUGACAAUAUCAGGAAAGAAGAAUAAGCUACGAGUUUACUAUCUCUCAUGGUUAAGAAACAGAAUAUUACACAAUGACCCCGAAGUAGAAAAGAAACAAGGCUGGAUCACUGUUGGGGACCUGGAAGGCUGUAUACAUUACAAAGUUGUUAAAUAUGAAAGGAUCAAAUUCUUAGUGAUUGCCUUAAAGAAUGCUGUGGAGAUAUAUGCUUGGGCUCCUAAGCCAUAUCAUAAGUUCAUGGCAUUUAAGUCUUUUGCAGAUCUCCAGCACAAGCCACUGCUUGUUGAUCUCACAGUAGAAGAAGGUCAAAGAUUAAAGGUUAUUUUUGGUUCACACACUGGUUUCCAUGUAAUUGAUGUUGAUUCAGGAAACUCUUAUGAUAUCUACAUACCAUCUCAUAUUCAGGGCAAUAUCACUCCUCAUGCCAUUGUCAUCUUGCCUAAGACAGAUGGAAUGGAAAUGCUUGUUUGCUAUGAGGAUGAGGGGGUGUAUGUAAACACCUACGGCCGGAUAACUAAGGAUGUGGUGCUCCAAUGGGGAGAAAUGCCCACGUCUGUGGCCUACAUUCAUUCCAAUCAGAUAAUGGGCUGGGGCGAGAAAGCUAUUGAGAUCCGGUCAGUGGAAACAGGACAUUUGGAUGGAGUAUUUAUGCAUAAGCGAGCUCAAAGGUUAAAGUUUCUAUGUGAAAGAAAUGAUAAGGUAUUUUUUGCAUCCGUGCGAUCUGGAGGAAGUAGCCAAGUGUUUUUCAUGACCCUCAACAGAAAUUCCAUGAUGAACUGGUAACAGAAGAGCACUUGGCACUUAUCUUCAUGGCGUUAUUUCUAAUUAAAAAGAACGUAACUCAUGUGGACUUAUGCCAGGCUAGAGGCAGAAUCAGAAGGCUUGGUUGAACAUACUGCUUUCCCCUUUUCCUCUCCCUCCACCCGUCCCAAUACAGUCCGCAGUCCAUCUUUCAAUGUUGCAGCUUGGUUGAGGAGAGAAAAAGGUGGCAGGAGUUUCCAGGAGAUCCCCGAGAAUGCUGCGUUGUCUGUGGAUAAAGAUGGACCGUGUGCCCUUCGGAGUUAGGGAUAGAAACAAAUACUGUGUGCUCUUAGGAUGAUCAGCUGUGUUAUGGUGGAUUUGGAGUUUUGUUUCAUUCUGUUCUUUCACCUUUUUUCUUUACCCCCUUACUUUGUAAGAAUGGAGAGAGAAUGCAUACUGAAAAGAUGAGUCUUUUAAAUUGUCUGCCUGCUAUCAUUAAGUAUACGGUAUGUUGUGAAAUUUCCAAUUUCAAAUGGUGAGAGACAGCACAAUAAAUGUAGCUUAUCUCCUUAACCUGAAGGCCAUAACUGCGUAGUGGGCUAAUUUAGAACUCUUUUGCCUUCACCAACCCAAAAGGUUGUUUUUUGAUAGCAACUGGCUAAUGAUUUUUAAAAGAGAAGAAAAAUACUAAUUUUCCCCUCUCUGGGGAAAUAAAUUUAAAUGGCUAAACUACUAGCCUUAGACUAAUAAAAUCAACUACCAUUUUUGUGGGUCUGACAGGCCCUACUUUUAUAUGGCCCUGUCCAGAAUGGAGUGUGUCGAAUGGGGUAGUAGUGCCAUUGAGCUGAGUUGGCUCUAGUUAUUGAGGGACUCGAUAACAACAACUUCCCCUCAGCUAUUAUGCAAUGGACCAGGGCACAAGAUGGGAUGACAGAUGGCAUCAGACAGAAGGAGCUCCUGGGAAACAAGCUAAAAAACAUUUAUGUAUACACACAAUCUUUUUUUAAUGCACAACACCCCUUGGCUAAAUGGUCCCUCACUUAGAGCUUCACUGGGAGUGAGAGUUUGUCAAGGCCCUCCUGGGAACCGGGGAGUGAAUGACAUCCGGGCUCUGGCUGUUCCCAGAUUUCCUCUGCAGAUGCCCCUUUCUCAAGAUCAAAACUGUGACUGAAAACCUAAUAAAUGUUUCUGAGCAAGCCUGGUGUUCUCUCUGGCUUGGUGAGAGAAGGGACUAGACUACUAAGCUGGCCUGAGACACGGUGGGCAUCACUGGUUCAGAUUUUAUAGAACUUGAAAGCAAGGCUUUCACCAAAAUGCUUAGACCCUAAUCAUUUUACCUUCCUCCAAAUUACCCAACAUACGGUAAACAACGUUUGUGCAGAGAUAUGUAUGUAUUUAGUUCAGGUUGACUUGUGUCCUUAUAAACUCUUACUCAGAUGAUUUGAACUUUCUCGUGACUGUCUGGAAUUUCUUUUCCAAAGCUACAAGCAUGGCCGCCUGUGGUAUCGAGGUGUUGCAAAACGGUAUCUGUGUUGCGCUUCCUGUUUUAACCUACCUCGUUUUGUUUGUUUUGUUUCACUGUUCAUCACAGCAGUGUUAUCUCCAGGAGACAUAUAGAGAGCUCAACUGGCAAUCUCAGGUGUAGUUCACAUUUUUUGAAAGAAACAGUAGUUGACCAAAUUGUUCACCUUGAAAAAUUGGGGGGGAAGGGGAAUCCAACAACAAAAAUGGAUGUGGCUUGUUUCUGGAGAAAACAAUUACUGUAAACAGAUCCAAAAAAAAAAAUCUGUGCUCUUACUGAUUUUGCCUAAAUACAUGAGCAGCUGGUGUACUAUUAAUGAGAACGAAAUACACAUUAGGAAAAUGGAGCCAUUUCAGUCUGGUGGUUCAGGCAAGGGGGAGAAGAAAAGGGGAAUUACUCUGGUUUCUGAAAUAGAUAAUUAUGCCCCUUCUGUAGAGGUGGUUGGUCGGUGUUUGCAUUUACAUUAAGCAGGUAGCGCACAGGAAUGGAAGUGAGGGCUGCCUGCCGCAGAUGUCCUCAUCAUGGCCCCGUUAGUUCUCAAAAGCAAUGAAAGCCUCCGUUCUCAUUUUUACUGCUGUGGUUCUGCUGCUGAACAAUACUACCUUCACAAAUUCCAUGCAACAAAUUCAGCAAUAACUUUUUGGAUUGAAUUUAGCAACUACUGUAAUUGGAUGCUGACGUGGACAAAAUACAUUGAUUUGGCUCUCAGCCCCAAAUGUGAUUGCCACCAGCUCUUUAUAUUGCUGCUGUGGUAUUUUAAACCAGAAGCUUCUUUAAAUUAUGUUGCAAACUGCUCUUUGUUUUCAUGUUAUGUUGUGUUUUUAUUUCUAAGUGAUGAGUUCAAAACACACAGCUUUAAAUUUUUUUAUUGUGGGAUUUUGGGUACAGUUAAGAAAUAAAAGGGAAUCAUUGUGUUUAAAUAUAAGGUAGUUUGUGAAUGUAUUUUUUAAAAUCUAGACUCAUUGAAACAACUCAUAAAAGAACAAUACUAAUGCAGCCUUGUUUACAGUAUGUACAGUGACAUAACAUACAACAUGAGCUUUUUCUGGUGCCAACAACAAUAAAACACAGACGUUAAACAUUAAGCCAUGCCUUUUAUAUUUUUGUACAAAUAUUUCACACUGAGUACAAGGCAAAACCAAAUUUAAAAGGGCCCCCAACAAAUCCGUGCUCCUUAAAAGAUACCUAAAGAAUUCCUUGAAGCUUUUAUCUUCAAAAAUACAUUUUCCUCCCUCAGGACAGGCCCUGGCCUCAACACAAAUCUGAGUCAUGCAGAAUAUUUCAGAAUGACGUUCUGGUGGCUUAUAACAAUUCCCGACUUCUCAGUUUGCUUGAAUUCUUUUUCCUUUUUUUCUUUGGCAAGGGAGGGUUGUUGCUGUUCAUCCAUCUUAAUAACAUCUUAAUAAAAAUGUCUUUAGUUUUAAAACUUUACUAGUUAGUUGUAGUUUUUAGUUUUAGUUCUUCCUGUAGGGGAUUUUGUCUCUAGAAUUGGUACAUUUUGUUUUUAUUUUUGACAAAGAGAAACUGAGCCCUCUCCCCAAAGUUUCACCAGAUCUUCUCAGUCCUUGCUGCUCUAAACUGACAAUCAUGCAGUAAAAGGCACUGAGCCUGCUCAUGCCAUAGCCUUGGCCCAGGGUCUGAUAGGUGACCAUCAUUCCUGAGUGCCAGUUGGGAACAUUUUAGCGUGGAUACCUGCAGUCAGCUGAUGAUAGAAAUGGAUGACCUGCAAGAUCCCUGCAAAUGAUGAGUCCUCCCAGUGCCAGUUAUAUUCAGACCAUUGUCAUUCCACACAAUAUAAAUGAAGACAGCUUGCACUAAGUUCCACAUAAAGUCUGAUGGCUCUGUUUAGAUAGAUCUCAUUAUUUUUCUUGAAGACUUAAAACUAUGCUUCAAGAAGACCUAGAGCUGUUUUGACAGUUUAGAGUAAGGUACAGAUGAAAUCCCACAAGGCCACUUGGACAGGGACUCCAUUUUUCUAACACACAAACAUUCCUUCUAAGACACACUCCUUACAUGCUUUGCAUCAAGUACACAUUUUUUAAAAACCAUCUUAAUUCCUAACUGUCAAGACCUACUAACAGUUUUCUGUUUUCUCUUGUGACUCAUUGGUAGUUGGUGUCUCUGGUCCCCCGUGUGCACUAGAUUAGAAAGAGAUGUGAAAUGCAAACCAGAGCCAUUUUGGUUUUGUCCACUACCAGACAAGGAAGUCUGAAGUCUGAUGUCCCAUUCUGUGAAGUUUUUAAAAAAAAGUGUUUUCCCUACUAUUAUGUGUACCAGUUCCCAUCACUGUAUUCUCGAAAUGUGGAAGGCUCUCUGUGUGAAUAGUGUGUGCUGUCGUUGAAAGUCUGCUUAAACAGGCAUCACUUGCUUUUGUGCUAAUUGCUUUAUGACAUAAGAUAUGCUACAUUAGUUUUACAAAAGAAAAUCAAAACUUUUUUUUAACUUAGUGGAGGAAAAUAGGAGAAUAUAUCCACAACACACUGAUGGUAGUUGUGAAUCACCCUACCAUGCUUCUGAUACUCCAAAACCCCUUCUGAUACUUUGUUCUGACCAUCCCAACAAUUACUAUGAAUUGUUAUUUACCUUUUAUUUCAUUCCUCAAAAAUUUAAAUCUAACCAAAUUAAAGCAAAACAACAACCCAAAACUGGCCUCCCCCGAGACUACUACUAAAAUCCAAAAUAAAAUCCAAGCAUCUAAAUUUGAUUUCACUUACCUGCUCAUAUUUUUCAUAAAUGCCACUACCUUUUGGCCCCAUUCAGUAUAGCAAUACCAGGAGCCCUAAAGUGUGCUGUCUUUUUAUGGGUCUCAAAAAUGAGCAUAAAUUGACCUCUUUUCAGAAGCCCCAGCAAAGAAGAAAGCCUCUUGAGGAUUUGCAAGUUCAAACUGACCAUUCGUACAUUACCAAACACUUUCUAGUGUUUGAUUUCCAUGUUGUAUUGUUGUUCUGGGAAUCUCCACAGACAACUAGAAUAUUAAAAUUUUUUCAUAGCACGAAACAAUAUGAGACAAUAACUCUGCUUUGAACUUUAUUCUUUUAGGCCUAAUAUUAUAGGAAGUGCCAGAAUGCUCCAAAAGUAAAAUCCCCAUAAAAACAUUUUUAAACAAAAAUCCCUGGAUAAGUUUUGAAGCAUUUUAAUUCCAGAUCAAAGUCUUGGACUGUGUCCAUGAUGUCAAACAUUUGGAUGAAGACUAGAAAAUACAGUAUAAUAUAGAAAUGUUCUAAAGUUCCCAGAUUUUUGGCCUUGUAUAGACAUCUUUGAACUAACUCUGCUCCUUGCGAGAUAGGAUUUGGUUUUGAUGGUUUGUUUUUAUCAGUACCAAGUUGCAUUGCACUAUUGAGGCUGGGCAAACGCUGGUGGAAAGGUGAGUUUUCUCUUCCAGCAAUGGAUCAUUAUUUGUGUAUAGUAAAUAUCCAUGCCCCAGUUGCCCCUUCCUCUCAUCUCUUCCCAUGUGACUAGUGUUAAGAAAUAGUAAUACUGUACUGUGGUUUACUUAAAAACCUCAGCCAUUAUUACCCUGCAUCAGAAUUUCAGAUGUCAGGUGACAACAAGAAAUAAAUCUGUAGCAGGAAAAAAAGACGACAGCUUGGAUGAAUUUUAAAACUGGAUGUUGUGAAACUAUUUUUGUGCAUUUUAGCUGUCUUAUUUACAAUGUUAACGUAACUGUAGAGAUGCCAAAUUUACUAUACUGGAAGGGAAAACUAUCGUUUUUCUCUGCCUACAUAUGUUUACAUUGUUUAAGUCUCCAGUUUUUUUAAGUGUUUUAAAUUGUCAAAAAUCUACUGAAACGGGGUAAGUCUCACGUGUGUCAAGAGAUAAAAGGAGAAAAUGUUCUUGGAAUAUUUUCUUGUCUGAACCUUUUGGUUACUUUCAUGUAUCUUUUUCCCUGCACACAAAAAGCCUUCAGUUGUCUACAGUUGUUCCAAGCAGUAGUUAGAAUGAUUUUAGGUUCUAAGCCAGGAUUUUCCCCCACAGUAACUGCCAUGCCUUGGAAUAUAUGAUGUCAUGUUAUCUUUGUUAAAAUGUGAGUAAUAAAACUUUAAUAGUA